GUGGCUCCUGGUGGUUGCUCUGGCUGGGUUUGCACUGCAGUAAUGAGCAGAGAAGGCUGGAGAAAGUCAUAAUAAACUCUUCUCCUUGUAUUUUCCUGACAUUACUGGAUUAUUGUUAUUAUUUUCAGCAGUAGAGAAGGCGCACAGUUGUCCUGAGGUGUGUGCACAUGGCGCUUUUGGGAGGAAUGUGUCGCUUUGCUCGGUUCUCUAGGAGAAGCAGCCAUGUCGGUUGGUGUGUCGGUGCGUCUCUCAGAAGUCAGUCUACUGCGAGCGCUGCUGCUGCUUUGGCCACUCCAUCCAGUCCAAAAGCACAGGACAAGAGAAAACCAAAGACCGGCAUCCUCAUGUUGAACAUGGGGGGGCCGGAGAGACUGGAAGACGUUCAUGACUUCCUGUUACGACUUUUCCUGGACAAAGAUUUGAUGCAGCUUCCUGUUCAGAAUAAACUCGGCCCCUUCAUAGCCAAACGCCGCACGCCGAAGAUCCAGGAGCAGUACAGUAAAAUCGGAGGAGGAUCUCCCAUCAAAGCCUGGACCACCAUGCAGGGAGAGGGAAUGGUCAAACUCCUGGACGAGAUGAGCCCUGGAACUGCUCCUCACAAGUUUUAUAUCGGCUUCCGGUACGUGCACCCGCUAACGGAGGAGGCCAUCGAGGAGAUGGAGACGGACGGAGUGGAGAGAGCUGUGGCUUUUACUCAGUAUCCUCAGUACAGCUGCUCCACAACAGGCAGCAGCUUGAACGCUAUCUACAGAUACUACAACAGCAAUGGACUGAGGUCUAAAAUGCGCUGGAGUGUGAUUGACAGGUGGCCCACACACCCUCUGCUCAUCGAGUGUUUUGCUCAGCAUGUGCGUAAGGAGCUGGAGAAGUUUCCUCCUGAGAAGAGAGACGACGUGGUCAUUCUGUUCUCCGCCCACUCGCUCCCCAUGUCUGUGGUGAACAGAGGAGACCCGUACCCUCAGGAGGUGGGAGCGACAGUGCAGAGGGUGAUGGAGCGGUUAGCUUACUGUAACCCGUAUCGUCUCGUCUGGCAGUCGAAGGUGGGCCCAAUGCCGUGGCUCGGUCCACAGACGGAUGAGGUGAUAAAAGGUUUAUGUAAAAGAGGGAAGAAGAACCUGCUGUUGGUUCCAAUCGCCUUCACCAGCGACCACAUCGAGACUCUACACGAGCUCGACAUCGAGUACUCAAAGAUCCUCGCAGAAGAGUGUGGGGUCGAAAACAUCAGAAGAGCAGAGUCACUGAACGGAAACCCGCUGUUUUUUAAGGCAUUAGCGGAUCUGGUUCAGACGCACCUGAAGUCCAACGAGCCGUGCUCUCGGCAGCUCACCCUGCGAUGUCCUCUGUGCGUGAACCCGACCUGCGCGAAAGCCAAGGCCUUCUUCGCCAGCCAGAAACUCUGAUCUUUUCACUUCUUGCCUCUGAUCCUUCGUGCCUGGGAGGAGCUCCUCACAUCACCUGCCAAAACAAAUUGCAAGAAACAGAACCUUACAGAACCCCAAGCUCCAAAAAUUGCCGAUUGAUGGAGCGAGGCCAGGCGUAUUGUUCAGUUCAGUCUGAGUUUAGAUCUGUGGUUUAUUACGUUCAUCAUUUCCCCACCAGGCCAGUGUUCCGUUGUAGUGACCAACCUCAGAACGCCACUUUAUCCAUAAAAAAGCUCAAUGCACAUAAGUGUCGCUUUAAUUUUUACUUAUAUUAAAGUAUUGACACCCCUUUGUGGUCUUAGCGACUCAAAUUAAACCAAUCGUACUUGUGUGGUUGUCUGGGAAAACUCCUGACAUGCUGAAAUGUGAACAUUUUCCACUAUAUGAAGUGAAAGAUGUUCCUCCAUUAAAUGUAUCUCAACCACAAGUUAAGUUCUGGUUAUCUCCUAAAGUUAAGUUCUGGUUAUCUCCUCAAGUUAAGUUCUGGUUAUCUCCUAAAGUUAAGUUCUGGUUAUCUCCUCAAGUUAAGUUCUGGUUAUCUCCUAAAGUUAAGUUCUGGUUAUCUCCUAAAGUUAAGUUCUGGUUAUCUCCUAAAGUGAAACGGGAGACAGUUUGCAUUUAAAGGUUUCAUUCCGACUCCACUGAAAGACACCACUGCAAAAGAUGAUAUCUUAGUGAAAAUAGUGAAAAUAUCUUGAAUAAGGGCAGAGUUAUCUAAUAUUUCUUAUUAUGAGAUUAUUACAAAUUAAAUCUAAGAUGAUUCAGUUUGUUUUAGAUGUUUUUACUCCUUUCAAGCUUUAGAUAAACUUAUUCUACUGAAAAUUUUAUUUUGCUUCUUUCUGUUAUUUGGAAAAAUUAUCUGCCAAUAGAACGAGAUGAUUUCAAGCUUGAAAUGAGUAAAAUAUGCCUAGAAAUAGGUUUAAUAAUCAUUAUUUAGUUUAUUGUAAACUUAAAAUAGGAAAUAUUAGAUAAAUCUAACUAUAUUCAAGAUAUUUUCAGUUGCACAGAAAACCAGUCGUGAUUUUCUGCAGUGAAAGCUAUUUACUGAUUUAAUUUUUAUUUAAUUAAAUUUGAAAAUAAUAAACAAAAUACAUAAUAGUCUCUCUUUAUUCUCUUCUCCUGAUAUUCACAGGAUUUAAACCAGAGCCUCGUUGUCACGCUUGACGCGAAUGAUCUCUGUUUGCUAUUAGCUCAGUGCUGAAAUGAUCGCUGAUUCAUUUAAUAAGUUUUGUUCUGUUGGCUAAAUUGAUCAGCAUUCAGAAAAAACAGUGUGUACAUCACAGAUCAUUCCUGUAGCUGCCAUUUAAACCAAGGUUAUAAAGUAAAUAAAACAUUACUACAUCAUUUUGGUGAAAUCUAUUUAUAUGUUUGUAAAACUGAUGAGAAAAAACCUAUUUUCCCAGAAUUCAGUCACAGUGACAUCUGAUGGGUUUUCCCAGACCGCCACACGGAUAUAAAUAAUAUUUAACAUAUAUACAAUUCUUGAGUUUUAGUAAGUAUUUGCUUCUCAUGCGCACCAUCAAACUCGACCCGGAUAUGAAUAGUUCUGGUUUGGGAUUAGUUGCCCAGUUGCCACGCUGAAAAAGAGUUAAAAUUGUGCGGUACUAUUUUGACAUACCUUUAGUAUGGUAGUAUGUAUGAUUCUGUGAUAACUGCGUUGAACCAGCCAUUGGUCUGCGCUAUUUCUAGCUCCGCCCACCCACAUCAUGUGUCCCUGUUUGGUACUUUUGGUAUCCUGGGGAGAAGGGAACCAGUACGAAUGUGGGACUGAGUAACUUGUCCCCCUUUAAUGCACAUACGAGUGCCAAAUGGGAGUACGCACAACUGACACACUAUGUGCCUUUUCUGGUGACAUAAAUAAAGCUCAUAAAGUGCUUUAACUGAGGAGUAACACACUCUGCGUCAUGCUGUUAUAGGAAGAUAAUCAGCGGAUUUACUGUUAGCACAGUGAAGUUGAUUAUUUUCCUAUAACCAGGCGUCCUGGUGUGUUUUAUUUCUCUUAUACCACAGCAAGGUUCCAACACUAACAGUUUUUAUUACUCGCGGAAUUACACAUUGUGCAUUUUGUCUGUUUAUGGUCGCAUUUCAUAUUGUCGAAUAUCCACGAAAGAAGUUCACGAUAUCACUUGUUAUAGCAGCUAUAAACAGUCGUUUCUUCAUUAGCCUCUCUUUUUCUCUCUCUCUUUUGAAAAAACAAACAAACAAAAAAACACAGCGUAUCAUGUUGCCGUAAAACCUCAAAGUGUAACAUCAUCUGUCCUGAAGACUUAAAGCUGUAAAAGUUACAGCUUUACCUCUGACUGUUACAAAGUGCUGACACUGGAGACUCCUUCCAAAAAAGCUAAAUAAGUAAAUAAAGCUAACAAAAAAACAUUUUUUAUCAGUUACCAUAGAAACGAUAAUGCAUUUGAACAUGCUUGUUUACUAUAAACGUGUGAUUUGUAGCUGCACUACUGUCAGAGCUGCUGUUAUAGAAAAUGAAUCAACACCUUCUGACCAAUCAGGAGCCAGAAUUCAACAGCGCUGUGGUAUAAGCUGUGUUGAUGAUUGCAGUAGAAUAUUUGUGAUUUACUCAUAAGCUGAUGAUCUGAAUGUUCUGUGCAUUCUUUCUUGUGUUCAUAGAAGAGUUUGAAUGAAAACAAAGAAAAAAAUCAUGCAUGUAGAAGAAUUGAUUUAUUUUAAAUCGUCGGCCCAAGCUUUGAUAAAAAAAGAGUAUAAAUAGUAUCAAUAUCACAGCUUUCUUCCGCAAGACGAUACCGAAAAAAGUAAAACAUUAAUUUUAUACCAAAUCGUCCAUUUUUGUCAGUCCAGUCCUCUGCUGUUCUCUUCAUCUUUCUCUCCCUCCAGCAUGUCCAAGCUACUGUUGAUUAGGCCAAGAGAAAUUGGUUGUCCUGGACCCAAUCACCCCUCAGAGGAGCGUGUGUGUGUGUGUGUGUGUGUGUGUGUGAGGGAUGCUCUGGGGGCCGGCGGGAGCCUCCUGGUAAUUGAAAAGCGAGGACGCCAGCUCUGCCGAGCAGCGUGACCUCUAAUUGAGAGGGGAGCGAUUGAUUUCUCCAGCGUGAGAGAAACAGAGGGAGUGAAGAAUAGGGGGAUGGUACGGCGUUCAGGGAGGGAGGUGUGAAAAAUGAAAGCGUGAGCGUUUUCUCAAGAGGUGCGAAAGACAAAGUAAAAGGAGAACUGGGAGAGACGGAGCUGGAGACGGAGGGAGGGAAAGGGAGAGAACAAGGAUGCUUGGGCUUGCUAGAACAAAACUCACCUUUUCAUAUUUCACUAAUUCCCACAAUCUUUCUUCAUAUAGGACUCUUUAAUUCUAUAUAAUUAUUAUUCAGUUGAAUCGUAUUGCUGAAGUACGCACAUGAUGUCUACACUGUAUGGCCUUUAUACUGACCACUAAAUGGGAUAAAAAGCGAUUCCGUAAUUAUUUGAUUUUUUUUUUUUUUCUUUUUUAGAUUUUAUUAGAAGGUCAAACCUCUUGCUAUGAUUUUUGAUUGUGUGAGAUAUAUAUCUGAAGUUGUGUGCUGUUUUCUCUAUCCUGAAAUCUGUAACGGAAAAAUUAAAUAAAAUGAAUAAUUUAAAAAAA